AUGUCAGAUUCUCCAGUAAGCUAUUAUCCAAAUACUUCCAAAAGCAAAAAAGCACUAUGUGUGAGAGAAUAUUAUGACUUGUUCAAUGAGUAUGCUGGUAAAUUUUUUCUAUUGCAAGCUAUAAACACUACUGAUUCUGCUAAUAAGAAUGUUGGUGAUGAUAAUGAUGAUAAUUUGGACAUUGAAGAUAUAAUUGCAAAAGAACUUUCAGAAAUGAAAAAGCCACACUCUUCUAAUAGUUUUGCUUCAAUUCAAACUAGAACUGAUUGUGUACCUAAUACUCGAAAUAAUAAUAAGGUAGAUAAAAAAGAGUUGAUUAACAUGAUUGCUAAAAUUGUUGGUGAAGGUCAUACAGUCAAUCGAAUUGACAAUCAUUGUUGA